ACUACUGCCAGGAGUGCCACGCUCCUGUUUGACAACAGGAGGCACUAUAUUGUACUUGGUGUUGUGAGUGUGCGCGAUGAGAUAGCCUGAACGUGUGUGUACAUAUGAUCAACAAACAGUAUAACGAGUGCUGCCGACUAUAACCAGGAGGUUCAAGGCCAUUCCCCGUGAACUUCACCUUCAGGUCCCGGCUCCCACACACACCUGAUCUUGUUGUUGAGAACAGGAAUUGCAACAUUGCAACUUGCCACUAACGAUACAAUUGCACAACCAGAAAUUGUGUAUCUUUCUAGCCUCAAUUGCAAGAGAUUGUGGUUGUACAGUACAAGGGGAAAACAUUGUGUGGCAUUGCAACAUUGCAGAUUGUCACUAACGAUACAAUUGCACAACCACGAAUUGUGACUCAUUGUGUAUCGCUGUAUCGGUGAGAUUACAUACUUCAAGUGGAAGAAGUUAUAAGCUUGUGACUGUAUUUUACAAGAAAAACAUUGUGUAUGUUCUGGUGUUUUGAGAGGGCUCUUGUGUCGAGGUCUGAGUAUCCGUACUGCGUGUGCCCGGGAGACCCUCCUCCUCACAGGUGCUGAGGGCGUUGAUGAGUAGUGAGCCGGACGGACAUGAGAAGAAUGAAUGAGAAAGCGUUGUGUGAACCCCUCGUCUCCUCAUCGGUCACGGGAGCUGACGACACCAUGUACGCCUCGCAGGAGUUCCCCUUAGACCAGGAGUUCCCCUCACAUGAGUACAAGGAUUUCUCCUCCUCCUCCUCAUAUCAAUACAUGGAGGCACCUCAUUACGUGGCGACCAAUCAACAACCAGACGUGAAAGUAAACCCCAUAGAGACCAAACCGGUUUUUGAGGAGGUUUCCUCUUGCGAGUUUGUGAAGCCUGUCUCUUGGCAUCACGAGGUCACAAGCGAGGCCGACGUCAAGCCUCCAAUGCCUGUUAAGAGGGAGGUGGACCUCCAUAUAGACGGAGGGGCUGAAGUAGGGACAGCUAGUGUGAUCCGAUGUGUGGAGACCAGUAUGCCGCCUCCUGAUUCACACUGCUACGACCCGAGAGGCCGACGACCAUCGGGGGAGUUCGCACGACCUCUCGAUGUUCCCCGCGAGGUCAUACGAAGCCCCCACGGAGCCAGAUAUAGGGAUAUGCGACGACCCCACGACCCAGCACGGCCGGAUCAGACACGCCCACCGGAUCAGACGCGCCAGGAGCACCUGAGGGCAUCUGAAUGUCCCCCUCCGACGCCCAUGUCACCUUCGACCUCCACAACCUCUUCCUCGGCGUCUUCCUCAAGUGCGAGGCCGCGUGCAUCAGGGAAGAAGGAACGGAAAAAAGAGGAUACGGAUGAUGUCUCAAGCUCCAUCCCCGACCUAGAGUUUGACGGAACUACGGUGCUGUGUCGCGUCUGUGGCGACAAGGCUUCAGGAUUCCACUAUGGCGUCCACUCCUGCGAAGGCUGCAAGGGGUUCUUCCGGCGCAGCAUCCAGCAGAAGAUUCAGUACCGUCCCUGCACCAAGAACCAGCAAUGUUCUAUCCUACGCAUCAACCGAAACCGGUGCCAGUAUUGUAGGCUGAAGAAAUGCAUUGCUGUCGGCAUGUCUAGAGAUGCUGUGCGCUUCGGACGUGUGCCCAAGAGAGAGAAGGCCAAGAUCCUAGCGGCUAUGCAGAGCGUGAACGCCAGGUCGCAGGAGAAGGCGGUGUUGGCUGAGCUGGAUGAUGACACGCGGGUGACAGCGGCUAUCAUCCGCGCUCACAUGGAUACGUGUGGGUUCACCAGAGACAAAGUGGCGCCCAUGCUACAGCAGGCCCGCACCAACCCUAGCUACACCCAAUGCCCUCCUACUCUGGCAUGCCCACUGAACCCCCGGCCAGUGCCCCUCCACGGCCAGCAGGAGCUUGUACAGGACUUCAGUGAACGCUUCUCCCCUGCCAUUCGUGGCGUUGUGGAGUUCGCCAAGCGACUGCCUGGGUUCCAGCAGUUGCCACAAGAGGACCAGGUUACGCUCCUGAAGGCUGGAGUGUUCGAGGUACUCCUGGUGCGUCUGGCGGCCAUGUUCGACGCCCGUACCAAUACCAUGCUAUGCCUCAAUGGUCAGCUCCUUCGCCGGGAGGCACUUCAUACAUCUGUUAACGCUCGCUUCCUGAUGGACUCGAUGUUUGACUUUGCCGAACGCGUCAACAGUCUGUGUCUGAGUGAUGCCGAGUUGGCACUCUUCUGCGCUGUUGUCGUGUUGGCGCCAGACCGUCCUGGACUGCGCAACGCCGAGCUGGUGGAGCGCGUCCAGAGACGUCUUAUCAACUGCCUGCAAGCUGUUGUAUCCAAACAUCACCCGGAAAACCCAAGCUUACACAGAGAGCUGCUUUCCAAAAUCCCCGACUUACGGACACUCAACACCCUGCACUCCGAGAAGCUUCUCAAGUACAAGAUGACGGAGCACACGGCCAGCGGCGCGGGGCCCUGGGACGACUCCCGCUCUUCUUGGAGCAUGGAGCAUGAGAGCAGCGUCGGGUCACCAUCUUCCUCAUGUGCUGCUGACGAAGCCAUGCGUUCCCCCGUGUCGUGCUCAGAAUCCAUCUAUUCCGGGGAAUCUGCCAGUUCCGGAGAGUCGAUAUGUGGCAGUGAAGUGUCCGGAUACACCGAGCUACGCCCGCCAUUCCCUCUAGUGCGCAGGCGCCAUGAUAACUCCGAAGGCGCAUCGUCUGGCGAUGAAGGGACAGAGUCUCCUCUCAAGUGUCCCUUCAGCAAGAGAAAAUCAGACAGCCCAGACGACUCUGGCAUUGAAAGCGGAACUGAUCGUAGUGACAAGCUCUCCUCGCCAUCAGUGUGCUCCUCUCCACGGUCCUCAAUCGACGAAAAGAGUGAGGAAGAUCGCGAGGAAGACAUGUCGGUGUUGCGUCGUGCCCUGCAGGCACCGCCCAUCAUCAACACCGACCUACUCAUGGAGGAGGCCUACAAACCCCACAAGAAAUUCCGAGCUCUCCGGCGGGAGGAAGAACCCCAUUCCUCUCAACCUACAACUUCCCUGUUGGCUCAGACUCUGGCUCAGCCACCACAACACUCGCUAGCCGCAACACACUCUACCUUGGCGUCCACCUUGGCGUCUACCCUGUGUGUGCCCAGUCUAGCUGCCUCGCACUCCACCCUCGCCCGAACUCUGCUUGAAGGCUCCAAGAUAUCCGAGGACGCUAUGCGACGAGCAGAUCUCCUCCACUCAAUGAUCAUGCGAACUGAGGUUCGGGAAAGGUUAUCUUCAACAGCCAGGGUUUCUCCCGCGCCAUAUUACGUCCCACAGAAUGCCAUGGAUCGCCUGCAGCCGCCGGUAUCCACCUGGUCAUGCCCAUCUACACGGGGCUGCAGUAGUGGCAGCCUCAGUCCUAUGCAACCCACCGUCACGGCACAACCGCGUGUACACUUGCUCACAACACCUACACCCUCACGCUACUACGAGCCAAGGAUGUCUACGACGCCAUUAGGCCUCGGGGCGCAGCCUUCUUCGUCCCCCGGGGCAUCGUCAUCCCCGUCGCCGUCACAGGGCAUGAGCGGGCACCAUUCGGGCAUGGGCGUUCAACCCCAAAGGACAUCGUCGUCUCCUGUAGUCGAACUCCAGGUGGACAUCGCAGAUUCGCAACCACUUAACCUUUCCAAAAAGACGCCGCCUCCAACCCCCCAGGAGUUCAUCUUGGAAGCGUAAUGCAAAGUUGGGCAUCGCUUACCAGAGUACAAAGCCACUCUGUGGCCCCGAUAUUCUCACUCUCAGGCGGACAGAUGGACAGCGCGAGGAUUAGCGGUGGCAAUAAAGAGAGGAAGAAGAGAAACAGAAGGAAAGGAAGAGGAGGAACAGCUGUUGUGUACGAGAGGGUCCUGGAGCACGCAGCAGCAGCAACUCGGGGUCGAGGUGACAAGGACUGCAACUGCUUGCUCCCGCCCCGCCCGCACCGCCAGUCAUGUAUAGGGGGCGGACACCAGUCUAAACCCUCCCGAUAGAAGGGUCACCCUAGGUGGCUCUUGAACUGGUGACCCGCCCCGCAAUGCUUUGUGAGAGCGACGUGGUUAAACCACCCACGCCGCUUGUGAGAGCGACGUGGUUAAACCACCCAUACCGCUUGUGAGAGCGACGUGGUCAAACCACCCACACCGCUUGUGAGAGCGACGUGGUUAAACCACCCAUACCGCUUGUGAGAGCGACGUGGUUAAACCACCCAUACCGCUUGUGAGAGCGACGUGGUUAAACCACCCAUGCCAGCCGCCAGGGCAAGGAGCCAAGAGAGUAACCUAGCUCAGUAUUCAUCGCAUCACUCACCACCGAGGACCAGAGUCAUGUCAUUAAUCAUCUUCCAUUACUCACGAUAGAUCUCGUUGUCAUAAUUACUUAACCCUGUGUCUAGCGAACUAUUUGUUAUGUUAUUAUUGUCAAUAUUAUUGUCAUUUCAUCAUGAUAGGUCUUACUGUAAUCUUACCAAGAUAAGUUUGUCAUAACAAAUGGUUCCAUUGUGUGCUUGUAUGUAAAUUUUUGUAAUAUUUGGGAGUUCAAAUUUUGAGUCUUAAAAUAAAUGUGCAAAGAAAUA